CUCGAAAGCAACCUGCACAGACUCGCUCGAGCACGUAUCGCAACAUGCCCAGCCACACGUUCGCCUCGCCGCCCAAGCCCUUCACCGUCGACUGGUCCUCGCAGGUCGACGACCUUCACCGCCGCCUCGACAACGCCCGCUGGCCCGCGCAAGAGGUCGUGCCCACCGACGUGAGCGAGACCGACCACUACAGCAGCUUCGGCCUCGGCGCAGGGCCACAGCUCGCCCUCAUGAAGGACCUCGCCCGGGGUUGGCGCCAGUUCAACCAGGAGGCGGUGCAGAAGCGGCUCAACAGCUUCAACCACUGGACCGUCGACAUCGAGGACCUGUCGAUCCACUUCCUCCACCACCGCUCGACUCGCGCCAACGCGAUCCCGCUCAUCCUGUGCCACGGGUGGCCCGGCGCGUUCCACGAGUUCCUUCACGUCAUCUCGAGCCUCACCGAGCCCGAGUCGAGCGACGCCCAGGCGUUUCACUGCAUCGUCCCGUCGCAGCCCGGCUUCACCUUCAGCUCGCCGCCCAAGACGGCCAAGUGGGGCAUGGACGACACGGCGAGGGUCUUUGACAAGCUCAUGACGGGCCUCGGCUACGACACGUACGUCGCGCAGGGCGGCGACUGGGGCUCGAUCACGGCUCGCUGCCUCGGCUCUGUCCACAAGGAGCACUGCGUCGCCGUCCACCUCAACUUCUGCCCGGUGCCGCCGCCCUCGUCCUACUACGCCAUGCAGCAGCUUACGCCGCGCACGCCGGCGUACGGCCUGAACGACUCGCCGAUCGGCCUGCUCGCCUGGAUCGGAGAAAAGAUGGUCCCCGGCAUCGAGGAGGCGCGCAAGCACCCGAACCCGACACUCGAUCACGAUGCCCUGUACCUCACCCUGUCGCUCUACUGGUUCACCGGCUCGAUCGGCUCGAGUUUCCUCCCCUACGCCCUCAACCCGCACUUCAGCACCUUCCUCGUCGCGCCCAAGUACCACCUGCCCAACUUUGCCCUGUCGUCGUUCCCGCACGAGCUCUUCUGCCCGACGCCCAAGGACGCGGGGAGGUCGGGCACGCUGCGCUGGUUCAAGGAGGCCGACGACGGCGGGCACUUUGCGGCGCUCGAGAAGCCCGACGUCUUUGCCGAGCACGUCAGGGAGGCGGUCGCGGCGAUGCUCCCCAAGCAGUAGCGAGGGCUCGAGCGCGCGCGCUUUCGAGAGGGGGGGAUCUUUCCGAGGCCAGCUUCUCUUUCGUCCAUUCUGUGCAGCGACGACUUGCAGUGAAACAAUCUCUUGACGUC